AUGGAGCGCGCGCUGGGCGACCCGGCGCUCGUGCUCUGCAGCGGCUGUCUGGCCAGCGACGCGCACGAGGAGCGCUGGCUGCCGCUGCGCUGCCACGCGGACGAGACGCUGCUCGUGCGAGAUGUGUGCGUGCACCCGCACUGUCCGCAGCUGCAGGUGCGUGGCCACCUGUGCGUGGCGCACCUCGUGGAGAAAGAGCUCUUGGGGCAGAGCAAACACCUUAACGUGCGGACGUGUGCCGGCUGCCGUGUGAGUACGCUGCAGCUCUACCGCCGCAGACGCGACGUCUGGUUUAUCCUCGAGGACAGUGAGCACGCGGUGGGAGCGCGUGGCGUCGAGCGCCGUGUCCAGAUGCCGACCUCGAGCGCUCUGGACGCGUCCGUCGUGCGCACACGAGGAGCCGACCGGCGAAGAAGGGACCGUCAGAACAUGAAGCCGCCGAUACGACGCAAGACCAGUCGACUCGCCAAGCAGAAGGGACAGAAAGAGCAGAUGUUUGUGCACGACACACGACGUCUUUGGCGAGACAAUCAGAAGCGCAGCGAGACGGAAAGCCACUCGACGGCUUUGUCUGGUGCUUCUGCCGCAGAACCAGCGACGGACGAUCGAGAGGUUGACGGAAACGCUCGACCGGCACCACAGGAGGUUUUCUGCGUCAUUGCGGGGUGCACGCGCUAUGCCAAGACUGGCAAGUGUUGCCGCUUCCACGCGCUUGAUCCGCUGGUGUGUACUCGCCCACGUGUAGACGCCGAAGCAAACGGGUCAACUGCUGUCCUGGCGAAGUGA